GAUCUGACAGUGUUCAGUACAGGCAACAACUCUUGUAGUAAACGAUCAAUUUGAAAUCUUUUGCUCAGAGAAUCCCCAGGUAUAUAAAGGGCCAUAGUAUCCACUCAGUUCAGCAUCCAGCAUCCGUCGGUGAAACAGCAAACAGCUCCGUUUUAUCCUUCCUCUCAAGAUGAAAUUCGCACUGAUCUUCCUGCUGUCGGCUGUUGUCGACAUGUCCCAGCAACAAUUCUUGCGGCCUAGGCCGCACGGAUUGGUCUGGUGGUCACCUUAUUUACAUCCGCAACCGUAUGCCUCCAACGACUUCCACUUGGGCCAAUCUCUUUACGACGAUGUCGAGCAAGAGCACGUAUCGGCUCGCCGUUUCAGACCUUCUCGACCCAUCCCAGUUUACCAGAUUGAGGAUUUGAACGCCGACUUGUCGGACGACGGUCAAACUAACAACGAAGUCAAUGGACAGGCACAGUUUCCAGACAGCCAGCAAAGAGUCAACGUCUACAGAGGAUUCAAUGAAGGUCGAUUCUUUUUCAGCAGCAAAACCAACAACCCCUUCUUUAAAACAGCCACGUUCACUCUAACUUCGACUGUUACCACCGUUUCUGAGAUCAUCAGAUGCGUACCGGUAGCCAACCUGGCCGUCAAUCCGGCACCAGUUUGCCCUGGGCGCAAAAGACGUGGAAUGGACGACAGUGAAACCUAUCAGUUCCCCAUCACUCCAUCGGAAACCCUUAAGUUGACCCCAACAGCUGUUCCGUCUCUAGAAUUAGAAGCUCGUCAACUCAUCGCCGAUGAGCAGAAGAACGCACACGAAUUGAUUUCAUCAAAGGAGGUCGUGAACGAAUUCGUACCCGUAGAGGCUGAAAAACCGAGACAGAAACGUUUCUUCUUUGGUGGAUUUGUGGCUUCUACUACGAUCUUUUCCUAUUCGUUUAUCGGAACAGCUGUGACGAACACAGUUCUUUUUAACCCGCCUGCCGCUUGCUUACCAGCCGGCUUUGUGGUCUGCUAAUAAAAACGUAAGCCGUUUUCGUUUUUUUCUGACGUAAUUAAAAGCUUUUUAAUCAGACAAAGAUUCACGCAAACUGGCCAUCGUGUGCAUGUUAUGCAAAUGUUGUUAUGCCACAUUCCACCACUUGAUUUUUGAGACCCUAAUUUGUAUGCUAUUCGUGUUACUUAUUUUAUUCAAUGACUUGUUUACAUCGGUGCUGGAAUUGGGCAAGAACCGUUUGUUUUUUGCAUGACCUUGUUCUU